UAGUCGUUCGACUCCGAUCGUCACAGACUUAAGUAAAAAUUCUGGAUUUCAUUUUGGGCGUCAUUGCUCUUGACCGUUUGGUUUAGUGAAAAACAUCAAGUCUCUUCACAGGGGAGGAAACAUUUUAACUGGCCAAGGGAUUCAAAGCCAUUAAAAUCUCUCCUGUAUGUCAAGGAUGCCAUUCUUGCGAUUCGAUCUGAAAUUUCUUUUCCUCAUUCAAGUUAUGACAACAUACUUACUUCCAAAACACAUGUCUCAAGCAACGGUUACUAAUAAUUGUACAAGUGUUGUCUAUGCAACUGAUGCCUGUAAUAAAAUCACCUACGAACAGGUCUACAACAUCUUGGCAAAGUCAGAAAACAGCUUCAACAUCACGUCUGCUCUAUAUCCAGCCAAGAAGCCCUCUUCAGUUCGUGUGUUUGUAUAUGUUUAUGGCCCCAAUGAAAAAAAUUCAACUCCUGCUUCCAACUACACGUGGAGUAUUUCUUGCCUGUAUGCCGCUGUCCCUGCAAAAGUCCUUCAAUUUUGGUCUUUAUGGUCAAUCAUGGUAACCACACGAACUCAGAGGCUUGACAUAACAAUUUCACUUUCCUGCUGUGAUGUAACGAAAGGGAAACUAAAACAAUACAUCGAGGACGCUCUAGCUGCUCUUCAAGAUUUGGCUGUUCUUCCGGGAUUACGAGACCCACAACUGAAUUCAGCUGAGUGUAUCAUAGAGGGAAAUAAACUAAAUAUUUCUUCUACAGCAGAACACAGUUGGCGAAUGAAAACAAUGCUUGUCCUCUCCUUUCUCUUUUCAGCACUGUCUGGACCAUUGUUAGCCUUUUAUGCAACGCAAAAACGGGACGAACUGUCAUUGAUUAAGAAAAGGACAAUAAAUUUCUUGUGUAAAUUUUUGUUUGUAACAUUCAUUGCUUUAGUUAUAGCAAAAGAGAUAACAGUCCAUACAUGUAGCCCUGAUGAGGAACUUGAUCCUCCUUGUAUUGAUGUAAAACAACCGGCCAUACGAGUAUUUGAGGCAAUACAACCGGUCCUAAUAGGAGUUGGAGUGUUUGUCUUUUCUGUGGCAUAUCCUUUAUGUAAAGGGAAAACGGACAACCAGAACAAUCAUUCAGUAGGGCGCACCGUAGAGGUGAAGUCAUUCUUUUUCAUAAUUUGUUCAAAUUUUGCAGUCUUCCAUUUUUGUUGGCUCUUAGUUGGCAUGAUGCUGAAUCCUAUCUGGGGUCUUGUUGUUCUGCUCCUAGUUUGCCUUGUUAUUGGUGUCAUAACCUUUGCAUUCUAUACCUUCAUGUCUUCAAUAACUUCUAAAAAUAACGACGGAAACAUCACCACCGAUUGCCGUAGUUGGGAUUGUUGUCAGUCGUUCUCCUCUUGUUUAGCAGGGUGCCUAGCUGUUUAUGGUCUUAUUGCUAUGGUGCUUUUUGCUGGGCAGUCAUAUAGUGGGAGGGAUACUGCCAAUGAAGCUUUGAAAGAAGCAGUGAUGUAUUUAAUCUCCAUAUUCUUUUCAUGGCUCUAUUGGAAGAAGUGGGUUAGUAAAAGUCACAAAUCUGGUGACAGCCAAAGUAGGUCUGUUCAGACUACCCCUUUACUAUCACAAAAUCGUCAGGCUCCAGAAAAUCGCUUCGAAAUGCAACCACUAACAAGCCAUCAUGGCAAUGGAAAUUGAUCAACUUAUUCUAACACUUUAAUCUAGCCUCUCAAUCUGAAAAAAAUAAUCGCUGGAGGAGCAAAGGCCAAAGAAUGGCAGCUAUCAACAGAUGUGCCCUAGUACAUAAAAUUUCUAAAGGGAACUCAGACUUUUUUCUUCAUCCUUUGCAAGUGACAAGAUGAAAAAAACAUCUCUUUUCAACAUAACAUUUGUUUUCAUCUGCAUGGUGCUUCAUUUGCUUCACUUGCAAACCUUAAUAUUAUGAUAUGCGUAAACCAACUGAAAGUGGUUCCCUGACUCUAAACAUGGGAUUAAUAAUUGUCCCUUCAUUUACUUAUCACUUUCUGGUAACUCAGAGGAGAGAAUUUGGUAUUGUAUCAAAACAAAAGCCAAUCUGGCUGAUGCAAUUAUCUUUUCUUUUUUCCUAAAUGCUAUAUAAUGUAUUGAUUUUCUAGGGAGAAGUUAUUACUUAAUCAUAAAUUUGACAUGCUGAAUAACAGUUCAAGCUAAUGCAAUAACUAGAUAAAAUACUAUUCCUCGAACACCUAAUUAUUAUCAGAAGUACAGCAUUUUUUAUAAAACUGCUGAAAUGAAUGAAAUGGAUCUCUUUUUCAACAUUGGUCGUCAAUGGAACAACGAUCUGUUGGGGAAGGUUUUUAGUAACAAGAGAAGAAAUAAUAUUUACAGUUGUGAAGAAAAAAAUGGUCAGGAACACGGGCCAAUUGCUGUAUUGUUGUGUUACUAUUUGUAGUACAAUUCAGAUUGAGUCUAGCUUAAGAUCUAACAAAGAGUACAAAGAGUAUGUGACGUUUUCAAAGAUGUCACUGUAUUUUAGACAAACUGCUCUAGAGCGUUGUUCUCUACUAUUGAUAGUCAUGUGACUUAGUUAAACUAGACUGGGUAACUUACCUAAGCUAAAGUGAUAGGAGUUAUUUUUGCUGAUGUGAUCAGUUCAGGCACUUUUAUUCGUCAGUUCAGUGUAUGAUCCUGAUUCUAUAGCAAAUCGUGUAAAGUAACGUUUGGAUUUAUUACCACUCAAUAAACUUGUGAAACUUCAAAACCAA